AUGGCAAUCGACGGAAUUGUCAUGCUGGACUCUACGGGUCGACCCAUCAUACAGUCGGGAUUUCGUUCCACAUCAUCGACGUACCCUUUACUGCAUAUCGAUGCAGUGAACGAUGCGCUGUCUAAUGCGCCCAAACCCGAGGAUGUUGACCCGGUGAUAUAUGUGUCCGGCUUUAACAUUGAUAUCCCUUGCGCGUGUUGCCACGCAAAGGUAGGGGACAUGCGGAUACUCUGUCCCAUCAGUGGUGAAGUUGACCCACUCUACGCGUUUGCAUUCAUGGAAACGUUCGUCGACAUCCUCCGGGAGUAUUUCGGAUACAUCUCUGCAGAAACGCUCAAAGAGAACUUCGACAUCGUUUAUCAGCUUCUCGAGGAAACCCUUGACGCAGGUGGUCAUCCUCUCACAACGUCUCCGAAUGCAUUGCGAGACAUCGUGCUGCCACCGUCGCUACUCAACAAGGUCCUAUCCGUCGCCGGUGUGCCAGGCCUUGCUACGCCUCUAGUGGGUCCACAACCCUUCGCAUCCCCGAUUCCGUGGAGGAAGGCCGGCGUACGUUAUAACAACAAUGAGAUCUACUUCGACGUCGUAGAAACCCUGGAGGCCAUCGUCAAUAAGAACGGCACUCCUGCCUCCAGCAAUGUAUGGGGACGAGUGGAGUCGAAUUGCAAACUCUCGGGAAUUCCCGACCUAUUGCUCACAUUGUCGAACUCACAGUCGCUCACGGACUGCUCAUUUCACCCAUGUGUCAGGCAUGUUUUUUUAAUCCGGUACAGCGCUCGAGUAGCUGACAUCCAUAAUUUUUGCAGACUUUCGCGAUGGGCUCGCGACAAGACCCUGUCCUUCAUCCCCCCAGACGGUCGAUUCAAGCUCUUGGAGUACCGUUACGCCCCGACAUCUGCUUCGACUAUGCACCAAGUGGCGGUACCACUUUCCAUGCGCACAAACGUCAUGAUCGAGGAGCACGGCGGUACACUUGACCUCUCCUUCACAUCCCGCUUGACGACGCGCACAAUGGAGAGCGUCGUGAUCGAGCUUUACCUUGGGGAGGGUGCUUCUGGUGCGAGCUGCACAGCGUCUCACAACGCAUCGUGGAGUUUCGACCCCAGGACCCUGGCAAGUCAUUUCACCAGUAGCUUGCGUUGGGAGCUCAAGAACGUAGCACCCUCGGCUACACACACGCUUCGAGGCACAUUCGCGUCGACAGUCAAAACGCCACGGCCAGCUCGUUCUUUCCGAGUGCGAUUCGAUAUCAUGCAACACAGCUUCUCAGCGUUGAAGAUUGAUCAACUCAAGCUGACUGGAGAGCUGUACAAGCCAUACAAGGGUAUGAGGCCGAGAUCCUCUGGAGACAUCGAGUGGCGAUGGUAG